CAUGCGUGCGAUUACGGGACGGAACAGGACGGAACGAAACGGAACGGAACGAAGAAGAGACCGUGUGCCGCCCGCGGGGGUCGAGAGGCGAGAAAGCGGAGAAAAGACACACAUACACACACGCACGCACACGCUGUCAUGGCGUUAACGUUAACAACGCGUGUCGAGCGUACUACGUGCCGUCGGCGACGCUGCCGCGAAGCAAGGUGCCGGUAAUACACCGCCGUUCCGCCGCGGAACAGUCCCCGGGUAACGUAACGCGAGAACGACGGCGAUCAGUCGUCCGUCCAUCCGAACGGGAGAGAGAAAGAGAAUGUCUAUCUGAGUGGACUACGGAUAAGGAAGUCCGCGGUGGACAAUGCAGCAAGCAGCAAUCCGGAGGCCAGUGUCUUUAGUGAUAGCUGUACAAUUACGGAGCCUGUGAAAGAGUGUAUGGUGUGCAUUUCUUACUUGCGUCAUCUGCCACUGCAAUUGUGUGGACAGAUUCUUCCCAAAGGCUAUAUCAUCGCUUUCUGUGGAGUUUCACUGUUGUGUGUUCUGUGAAAUCCCAUCAGACUGGUGAUGGUGAUAUGUCAUCAUAAAAUGAUCCGCAUCCGAUCAAGAACCAGCACUGAGCUUCAUGGUGGAGAAAUAGGACAUGCUCGAUGAAAAACAUGCCUAAGUAGAGGAACACAUGUUCUGGGAAUUGAUGGGUAUAUGCUUUUCCUGCAGGAGACCCACCAGCGGCAGGUUGAAUAGUAAAAUCUCUGAGCAUAUCUCGGCCUCCGUAACUCCUCUCCAUGUUUGUCUGGAGGAACAAAGAAGACCAGAACUGGGCUCAUGUGACGCCUCACAAGCUCACAAGCCUCAGGUUAAAAGAACCUUUGAGAAUCAAAAGGCAGAAGAAGAGAUUCCCGAGGAGGUGGCGGAAAGUGAUUCGAUCGAAGUCGAAGCAGGAGAGUUAAGACAAAGCCAGCCGAGUAUGGCCAAUACUAUCAGCAACAUGAAGAUGACUAAUCCCAUAAAGGGGCUGGUUAGCAAACGCCGCAAACGUUUCACAGAAGACGGUUUUGAUCUUGAUCUCACAUCGACUGUUAUGACAAUAGAUAUAAAAGAUAGAAAUCAUAUUGAUGACGUUGUUAAACUAUUGGAAUCGAAGCAUAAAGACCAUUAUAAAAUUUAUAAUCUGUGUUCUGAGAGAUCGUAUGAUUGCAAAAAAUUCAAGCAGAGAGUGGCUACUUACGCAUUCGAUGAUCACAAUCCACCAAAGCUGGAGCAGAUUAAGCCUUUCUGCGAGGACGUGCAGUCGUGGUUAUCCCAAGAUAAGGACAAUGUGGCCGCAGUUCAUUGCAAGGCGGGCAAAGGUCGAACGGGUGUAAUGGUGUGCUGCUAUUUACUUCACAGCAAACAGUUUCCCACUGCCACGGAAGCCCUUAAUUAUUAUGGAACUAAACGGACUCACGAUAGGAAAGGCGUAACGAUACCAUCGCAGAGAAGGUAUGUGGAUUAUUAUGCUACCCUCCUCCAAGAAGGUGUCAGUUAUGAACCAGUCACAUUAUUAUUGCGUAAAAUACAACUGGAUCCGGCUCCUAUUUUCAAUGGAGGUCAAGGCUGUCUGCAUUUUGUAAUCUCGGAAUCAAAUAACAGGAUAUUUUCUGAUGAUUAUGAGGUUCGAAAAGGUACAUCUUCUAUAUGCAUCCCACUGCAACACACUGUCGCUCUAAGGGGAGAUAUACGGGUGGAGUUCUAUAAUUAUAAGCCAAAAACGAAAAGAAAGGAAAAGAUGUUUCAUUUUUGGUUUAACACAUUUUUCGUCCGUGAGAAAACGAAUUCCGAAUGCGACAAUGGCGAUUUACAUGUUGAAAGAUCGACGAGGGCAUUUAGCUGCGACGGCACAGCCAUGGAAUUACCGAUGGUUAUGUCGCAUGCGAAACCUAGAACUGGAUCAUUGGCGAGCCUCGGUCCUAUGCCGCCCACUCUCGUUUUACGGAUAGAUAAGUCAGGAUUGGACAAAGUACACAAGGAUAAAAAUCACAAACUAUACAGUCCGGAUUUUAAAGUGAGUCUAUUUAUGCAUAGCGUGGGCGGGAACAUAUCGCCAGCUGUGCCAGCGACGACGAACAGAGGUGGCGAUGGUGUGCAGCUGGGGAUGGGCGGUCAGGAGACGCCGAGCGAGUCGAGCGAGGCGGACAGCAGCGAGUGUGACACUACCGGUGACGAGGACGGUUGGGAAUCCGGUGAGUCCUCUGCAUCCCUGGUGGUGAACCACCAACACCACCACCCUCUUACACACAGCAGUAGCCGUACACACGUUAGCAGUCUCCGUCCGCGAUGCAGUCUCAAGGAGACUGCCAAGAGUCUGCUGUCGCGCAGCGAUAAGAACCGGAACAGUAACAGGCAGGGCGUUUCCGGUGCGAGCGCGAAACGUUCCUCCGCACCGUUCGCUCGCUCAGCCACUCUCGACACGUAGUAGCUUAACAAAUGCUUUCGGGGUACUUAAGAACGGUCGGUGGUGUUUCGCACCGUAACGCGUUUCGCGCUUUCACGAAAUCGCGUGUCUCGCAAAGUCGCGACGUGUGCGUCCUGCUUUUCUUUUGGUUUUUUUUUUCUUUGUGGACGCGCAUUGGACGGCUUAGUACGCGCAAAAUGAUGACUAGAAUCCGGAGAAAUCCAUUCUACGACAUUUUUUUGCAGUAACCUCCGCUCGUUACGUUUCUCUUUCUCUUUU